CCCCGGCGCACGGGCGCGCAAGGCGGGCGGCGAUGGCGGCGUCGCAGGCGAACAUGGACAAGAUGCAGCUGCGCCAGAGCUACCGCAACCUCUGGCACACCGACCUCACCAACGCCAUCCAGGCCGACUUCCCCUACUGCUGCCUCUCGCUCUGGUGUGGACCAUGCGUGUCGUACAUGCUUCGUAAAAGAGCUCUCUAUAAUGACAUGUCAAGGUAUGUGUGCUGUGCUGGCUAUAUGCCUUGCAGUGGAAGGUGUGGUGAAAGCAAAUGCCCAGAAUUCUGUCUAGCUACUGAGGUGUUUCUGUGCUUUGGGAAUUCAGUUGCUUCAACCCGCUUCUUGCUUCAAGAUGAAUUCAACAUACAGACAACUAAGUGUGAUAACUGCAUCAUUGGUUUCAUGUUCUGCCUUCAACAAGUUGCUUGCAUCUUCUCAAUAGUUGCUGCUAUUGUUGGCAGCGAGGAACUUUCAGAGGCUUCCCAGAUCCUUUCCUGUCUGUCUGAUAUGGUCUACUGCUCGGUUUGCGCCUGUAUGCAGACACAGCACAAAGUUGAAAUGGACAAGAGGGAUGGGAAGUUCGGCCCACAGCCCAUGAGCGUGCCUCCGGUGCAGCAAAUGUCACGCAUCGAUCAGCCUAUCCCUCCUCCUGCUGGCUAUGCACAGCAACCAGCAUACGGCCAGCCUUACGGCGGCUAUCCACCUCCCCCUCCAGCUCAGGGUUACCCACCGCCGCCAGCUCAAGGUUACCCACCGGCAGGUUAUCCGCCAGCAGGUUACCCCCAGGCCCAGGGUGGUGCAUACCCUCCACCUGGUUCCUCUUAUCCCCCACCUGGCUACCCCCCUCAACCGGGCUACUAUGGAAAGUGAAACAUGUGCAGCAAUCGGAGUGAGACCACUUAUUGUGGCAACAGAAAUAUCGUGAACAUGUAAAAAGUAGGAUCAUUGUAGUGCUAUAGGUGAUAUUGAGGUACUCGUCGAUCUGGUAUGGGUUCUGAAUUGGGAGCUACAUUUGGAUCUCCCCUGAGUGGUGAACUGCGUUUAGAUUUCUUCUGGGUGGUCAACUAUGAAGUCCAUUUGGAACUGCAUCUGAAUUAUGUUUGGAUUUCCUGGAGUAAAAUCAUCUUUGUUUUGUGUUGUUCCUUCUACUUCAAGUACAUUGUUCUUUGAAUAAAUGAGCAGAGGUGUUACAUAGUUCU